GGGAAAACAUCUGGACAGCCGACGUUCCUGAUUUAAUGGCAGGCUUCUGAGCCGUCAUUGAACCUGGAAGUGAAUGAUGAGGCGAGGAAGUCAUAUGUUUCAAUGCGAGGUCCCCGAGUUUCCCUUGUAGGCACCUUCUAGCUUGUGGGGGAUGUAGGGCAGCAGCUGGGAUAGCUCAGUCGGUGGUAAGUUACAGGUGUUUGGGCUCUGGAAGCAGAUGUACUUUAAACUUCCCUCCUCCUAUCAAGUGGCUGCUUUCUGACAGCUGGGAACAGGAAAGAUGGAAGAUGAACUGAAGAUGGAGAGUCAAAACCUUGACCAAGAUCAAGGUCCCUUUGUGGCGGAUGAAUCAAGUCAGCAGCCAUUGUGCCAGGAAACCUCUUCCCCCAAGCUGUCUGUGACUGAACUGAGUAGAGAGUUGGACUCCAAGAGUGAGCUGAUAGAUGACAAGGAGUUUGAUAUUCCUCAGGUUGAUACUCCCCCAACACUGGAAAGUAUUUUAAAUGAGACUGAUGAUGAAGAAGAGCCGUUUGUUCUUGAGGAUCCUUCCCUUCUAAAUAUCGAUAACAUUGACACUCACUCAUAUGAUACUUCAUCUGUAGCGAGCUCUGACAGUGGCGAUAGAACACACCUGAAAAGGAAGAAGAAGCUUCGUGAUUCUUUCUCCAUCCAUGGCUCUGUGAUACGGCUGUCCCUUCUGAAAGGAAUCUCUGCUCAGAUAGUUUCUGCAGCGGCCAAAGUGGAUGCUGGCUUACCCACUGCAAUUGCAGCAUCAAGUCUCAUAGCAGUGGGAACAUCCCAUGGACUGGCACUGAUAUUUGGCAAAGAUCCUAACCAGGCUCUUCGGCUUUGUUUGGGCAGUACCGCAGUUGGAGCACAGUAUGGGGCUAUAUCUGCUCUUAGCAUCAACAACGAUUGUUCAAGACUUCUGUGUGGUUUUGCAAAAGGACAGAUUACAAUGUGGGAUCUGGCUAGUGGAAAGCUUUUGAGAUCAAUAACAGAUGCUCAUCCUCCAGGAACAGCAAUUUUGCACAUUAAGUUUACAGAUGAUCCAACGCUAGCGAUUUGCAACGACAGUGGAGGCUCAGUAUUCGAACUCUCUUUCAGGAGAGUCAUGGGUGUGAGAACAUGUGAGUCACGCUGCUUGUUCAGUGGUUCCAAGGGAGAAGUCUGCUGCAUUGAGCCUUUACAUGCAAAGACUGAACUGAGAGACCAUCCCAUCACCCAGUACUCCCUGCUUGCAAUGGCUUCCUUAACAAAGAUUCUUGUCAUUGGCUUGAAACCGUCUUUGAAAGUGUGGAUGACUUUCCCAUACGGUCGUAUGGACCCCUCCAGUGUUCCAUUGCUAGCAUGGCAUUUUGUUGCUGUGCAGACAUCUGUGAAUCCCGUGCUUGCCUUCUGCCGAGGAGAUGUUGUCCAUUUCCUUCUGGUUAAGAGAGAUGAAUCUGGAGCAAUACAUGUUACAAAGCAGAAGCAGCUACAUCUCCACUAUGACCUCAUUAAUUUUACAUGGAUAAAUUCACGCACAGUGGUGCUUCUGGAUAGUGUGGAGAAACUGCAUGUGAUAGAUCGUCAGACGCAGGAGGAACUUGAGACUGUGGAGAUCUCAGAAGUCCAGUUGGUGUACAACAGCAGCCAUUUCAAAUCAUUGGCUACAGGAGGCAAUGUCAGCCAAGCACUGGCGCUGGUGGGGGAGAAAGCUUGUUACCAGUCAAUCAGCAACUGUGGUGGUCAAAUAUUUUAUUUAGGUACAAAGUCUGUCCAUGUGAUGACACUGAGAAGCUGGAGAGAGAGAAUAGAUCACCUUCUGAAACAAGACUGCCUUAAUGAAGCACUGGCUCUUGCUUGGUCCUUUCAUGAAGGGAAAGCCAAGGCUGUUGUAGGGUUAUCUGGAGAUGAACAGAAACGAAAGGCUGUUGUUGCAGACAGAAUGGUUGAAAUUCUUAUCCAUUUUGCUGAUCGAACGAUGAAGAAAUGUCCUGAUCAGGGUAAAAUCCAGGUGAUGGAGCAGCACUUUCAGGAUAUGGUGCCUGUCAUUGUUGAUUACUGCCUUCUGCUUCAGCGGAUGGAUCUGUUGUUUAGCCAGAUGUAUGACAAGAUGAGUGAAAAUUCUGUGGCGAAGGGUGUCUUUCUGGAGUGUCUUGAGCCAUACAUUUUAAGUGAUAAAUUGAUGGGAAUUACAGCUCAAAUUAUGAAAGAUUUACUGCUUCACUUCCAAGAUAAGAAUUUAAUGGCAAACAUGGAGGCUUGCAUUGUACAUAUGGAUAUCACCAGCCUAGACAUACAGCAGGUGGUCCUCAUGUGCUGGGAGAAUCGUUUGUAUGAUGCCAUGAUCUAUGUCUACAACAGUGGCAUGAAUGACUAUAUUACACCAAUGGAGAAAUUGUUCAAGGUCAUUGCUCAUCCUCUUAGUGCUGGAAAGUCUCUCUCAGACGAGCAAGUCAUCAUGGGCAACAAGCUGCUUGUCUAUAUAAGUUGCUGUUUGGCUGGUCGAGCUUAUCCACUGGGCAAUAUCCCUGAAGAUCUGGUACCUUUGGUUAAAAAUCAGGUCUUUGAAUUCCUCAUUCGUUUGCACUCAGCAGAGGCACCCACCGAUGAAGAGGUUUACCCUUAUGUCCGCACACUGCUGCACUUCGAUACACGAGAGUUCCUCAAUGUUCUUGCACUGACAUUUGAAGACUUUAAGAAUGACAAGCAAGCUGUAGAGUACCAACAGAGAAUUGUGGACAUCCUUCUGAAGGUUAUGGUGGAGAAUUCUGAUUUUACCCCCUCACAAGUUGGGUGUCUCUUCACUUUCCUUGCCCGACAGCUUGCUAAGCCUAACAACACACUGUUUGUAAAUAGGACGCUAUUUGAUCAGGUCCUUGAAUUUCUCUGCAGUCCUGAUGAUGAUUCACGGCACUCUGAGAGACAGCAGGUUCUUCUAGAAUUGCUCCAAGCUGGAGGCAUAGUACAGUUUGAAGAGAACAGACUCAUUCACAUGGCAGAAAAAGCUGAAUUCUAUCAAAUCUGCGAGUUUAUGUAUGAACGGGAACAUCGCUAUGAUAAGAUAAUUGAUUGCUACUUACGAGAUCCAUUGAGAAAGGAAGAAGUUUUCACUUACAUCCACAAUAUACUCUCCAUUCCUGGAUAUAACACAGAAGAAAAACAGUCUGUGUGGCAAAAAGCUAUGAAACACAUUGAGGAGCUGCUGUCAGUGAGUCCCUUUAAAGCAGCCGAUCUGAUUUCAGUUCACUUCAGUGAGCAGAUUGAACAAAUAAUUCAGAACCUUCAGGAUCAAUGUUUGCUUUUCCAGUUUUUGAGGAGCCUCCUUGACCCAAGGGAAGGUGUCAAUCAAGAGUUGCUUCAGCUUUCUCCCUUCGUUACUGAGCAGUUUAUUGAGUUGCUGUGUCGGUAUGAUCCUGACCAGGUUUUAGAGACUUUGCAAUUCCUGGAGUCCUACAGGCUGGAAGAGGCAAUUCAGAUCACACAGAAAUACCAACUCCAUGAAGCUUCUUCCUAUCUACUUGAGAAGAAAGGAGAUAUUCAUGGUGCCUUCCUAGUUAUGCUUGAGUGGCUGCAAAGCAAGUUGUUGACACUUACAUGUGAAGAUGAAAGUUCAAUAGAAUUUCCUUCAUUAAAGGAUAUUGAAGAUAGCUUAGCAAAAACAAUUGCACUUUGCCAGAGGAAUUCACACAAGUUAAAUCAACCACAGCGAGAGGCACUAUGGUUUCCACUCUUAGAAGCAAUGAUGUCUCCCCAAAAGUUAUCCAGUUCUACUGCACUGUGUCAUUACUCUGAAUUUUUGAAGAACUUGACGAUGCAAGUGUUGAACAACAUGGCAGCAUUCAUUGCCCUGCCACUGAUCUUGCAGAAAAUUCUACAGGAUCCAGUCUAUGGAAGAGGAAAACUGGGAGAAAUUCAGGGUCUUGUCCUGGGCAUGCUAGACAGCUUUAAUUAUGAACAAACUCUUUUGGAGACUACAACCAACCUACUCAACCAUGACCUCCACUGGUCCUUACGUAAUUUGAAAGCAUCUGUGACUAGAGGGCUGAACCCCAAGCAAGAUUACUGUUGUAUUUGUCUACAGCAGUACAAGAGAAGACAAGAGACUGCUGACCAAAUCAUAGUCUUCAGCUGUGGCCACUUGUACCACUCUCUCUGCCUCCUGAGUAAAGAGUGUGGCACUGAAACAGAGGGCCAGAUGAGAUGGACUUGUUUUAAAUGCAAUGCAAGUAACAAAGGAGGAAAACUAAGUGGUGCUUGCUUAGAAAUGAAGAAGGGAACUCCUGUAUCUCUGGCACAGACCAAUUCUGAGGCCAUCUUGGAUCCACAGCAAGCUCAAGCUUUUGACCAGCUUUGUCGUCUGUACCGAGGAACAUCGAGGUUGGCUCUUCUGGCUGAACUCUCACGGGACCGUGGUGGAGAAAAACAUGGGCUCCUCCAUAUCUCCCAGGGUGAUUCUGCACUGAAUAGUGUCUUCCAGAAUGAGACCUUCCAACUUCACCUCACUCCUCCUCCUCUAGUGGAAGACUAAUCUCUAUUUGAUGGGGCUCCAGGGCAUGAGAAAAGCACCGUGGAAAGUACUUGACAGUACUCCUGAUGGUGGAACAAGCUCCCGAGAACUUCACUUUGUAUUUAGUAGAUGAGAGGUUGCAACAAUGCGGAAACUUUGUAAGGACCAGCUCUUAUUUUCCCUCUGUGACUUGCUUAACAAAGCAGAAGGGACAUAAAAAAUAUCUCUCAGUCUUGUUUCCAUUGGGCUUUGCUGAAAGCUAUAAACUACUCUGUCAAACCUAUGCUGUUCGUCACUGGAGCUGAACACAACAGUACUUGGGGCAGCUGCACUAAGCCCCAGGGAUAAAGUGUCUGCAGCCAGAGCUUAUUUAAAUAAUUGGAGUCUGUUCCCUUAGAGAAGAAAACCAAGGGAAUACAACAAAUGUCAGUCAUCCAAAGUUGACAUUUCUCUCAUUUUAAUUUAGAACAAGCUGUGAAACUCUACAGUCAGUAUUCUAAUAGGUAGCUGAAUGCAGAGAACCCAACUGAACCCAAGCGAGACAGAACUGCCAAGGAUGCCCCAAUUGCAUGGUUUUCCCCCUGAAAUUGCUUUAGCUCUUCCUCUGAUUUUAGCCAUUGCAGUAAAUCUCUGUUGGCCCUUGUGCUAGUGGCUCAAGAAGGUCUGCUGUGACAGAUGCUGUUCCAGGAAAGUGCCACUCAUUAGCAUCCUGAACCAGAAAUUUUGCUAACCAAGCACAUUGUAAUGUAGCACUCAGCCAACUUGAGAGUGGCAAAUAUUUGGUGCCAGCUUGUGUGUGUUGUAAGGCCUGCACUAGCUGUGUGCCAGCAUUUCCACAGAGCUCUCACUGUUUCUAGUGUACCAAAAGAAAACAGCACAUUCAUCAUUAUGAUGGCGGCUGCUGCUGCCGAGUUACUGAGCUGCAUGGAAAGGACAUCCUCUUUCAUUGUAUCCCACCCCACUCCUAGCUCAUUUAUCUAUUAUGAACUCUAUACUGAAUUAAAGAAAAGGCUUCAGAUGGUGGUUUAUUAUUCCCACCCCACCCCUCUCCCGCUCUCACUCUCUUCUGCAACAGGAAUGGGUUUUAACAUGAAUUUAAGGUGAUUUUUUCCCUGGUCCUACAGGAUAAAGCAUAAGCUUCCCACUAGUGUCUUGUUUAAUGUCCUUACAUCUCCAAAAGCUGGUAGUUGGCAGUUUUCCCUUGUUUGUUUAAGGGGUUUCCUGUCUUUGUGAUAACCUGUCUAAAGGGAGAACAAGUGCAGAUUGAAAAGCACAUCAAGCAUUUUUUUCACGUGACUUGCUACUGACUGCCGUGUCCAGAGGUUAUUGCAGUGUGUAUUGUGUUCCCUCAUCUUUUCUCAGGAUGCAAAUGGUUCUCCACUAUCCAUUAAUGAAAUUGAUGCACAUAUGGCUGCACAUUACUCAUAUGCUAGAGGUAUGUACAUCUGGAGUGCACAAAUUGAGAAAAGGUUAUAUGCAUACAAUUUUAUUUAUUUAAAACAUUCAUUGAUGUGGGAUUAUUAUGAAAUGGGGCCUUAGGUACCCAUUUUCUGAUCUAAUCCACUUCAGUUAAAGCUUACCUAUUUAAAUGCUCAGCAUCAUCCUUGAUUGCACCCUUGAUGGAAAGGGGGUUGUAAUCAUGCUGUGAAUAUAUCAUACUUCUUGUGCAAGUAUUCAGGUAUAAAUAUGUAUGAACA